GGCUACGCGGCGACCCAAUGACAAGCUCGCGGCCAGUCACUUCGCUGAAUGAAAAUAACAAGAGGCCAUUUUGGCGCACGAAGUCACGGCAUCACUCACUAAUAAACAAAACGGAAACGAAGGAUUUCUGCCCAUUUCUGGACUGACGCGACCGGUGUCGGCUCGGCAAAGCCCCUCUUAGGCUUUUGUCUUGUGAAAGGAGGCGGGGGGGUUUAGGUCCGCUUCACCGCAUUGCUAUCCAGGGCUCGGUGACCCCCGAGGGGGGAGAUACCUUUAAUAGCCGGCCGACAUGGCAGGUGUACGGUUUCAUCACACCGCCGCCCCGCUGCAUCCAGCUCAGUCUCUGUAGCUCGCUGUGUGUCUGGGUGUUUGUCGCCUCUGCGCAUUGUCCAAGUGAGAAGUGAAGUCGUUUCACAUGGAGGAGCCUUAUUUCCUGACGAGAUAUCGGCGGAAUUCGGGGAGUUAAGUGAGGCGAGUGUUGAGGCAUUAAACAGGGAAAGAUCUAGGAAUAGGGCAGGAGACCAGAAGGAGACCCCCUGUCUGAUGCAGAAGGGAAAAGAAGAGGGAACACAACAGAAAAGAAGAGAGUAGGAGGAAGGAACAGGGGCUCGCAGCUCAUCUUUUUCUGACAUCUUUAGGAAGCAAGUGUCCAUUCUUUUGGUUUUAUGAAGGAAAGUGUGUCCUACUGUACUAAAUCAGUAAGAAGUGCUCUUCAGUAUGAAUACAGAUAGUGGAGGAUGUUCUCGCAAAAGUGUGGCCUUGUCUUUUGUACUCUCUCCCAUGAAGAGGGUCCAGAGCUCACCAAAUCUAGGCACAGGUAGUAAUUCUCACUCAUCAGACUUGGAUUCAUGGCGAUCGCGCAGUGCCACUGACGGCCUCAAGAACGGCGAUGCCACCAACUCAUCGCUUGCUGCCAAAGGUUUCAGAAGUGUCAGACCCAACCUGCAGGACAAAAAGUCACCGACACAGGGACUACCUUCCCCUGACCCCACAGCACGUCACGCCCCCUAUCGCUGCCAGAGCUAUGAAUCACUUGAGUACCUGUCAAGGAUAAUGCCCAAGGCCCUGACGCCCACCCCGUAUGUUCCUAGUGGAGCUGCGGUAAGAGCCGGUGCGGUCAGCGGGCCUAACCAUACCACAGGCAGCGGUGUGAGCAUCGGUGGCUGUGUGUCACCCUCAGCAUCCCCUGUGACAGUGUCAGCUUUAAGCCACUACUCCUCGUCCACGGCGGGUCUGCUGGAUGAGCUGCAGAUCUGUAGCCUGGACUCACCUGGCGCCUCGCCCACACCAUCGCCCACUCUCAGCCAUGUCUCUGCCUACACGUCCACUGCUGGCCCUGAUGAUGCGCUAACAACCUCUGUGGGCUCCACUACUGCAGCAGCCACUGUCACUAAUGGCCAGGUCCUCUCUCACGCUAUGAAUGGAAGUGCUAGCCAUUCAAAGAGGCCCAUGUCUCCCCCGUCAUAUCCUCCACCUCCUCCCUCACUUCACAUGGCACUCCAGGGACAGAGCAGAAGCUCAGAAGGCAGUGAGUCAGUCACCAGAGAGUCUGUGGUUUCUGGCCACACCACCGUCAGCAGCACUGUGCCCAUCGCUCGCUUCUCAGAGGAAGAGAAGAGGGUAUCCGUCAUUAAAGCCCCACAUUAUGAAGGGAUCGGCCCCGUGGACAAGUCGGGCAUCCCUAUUGCCAUUCGCACGACGGUGGACCGGCCCAAGGACUGGUACAAAACCAUGUUCAAACAGAUUCAUAAAGUUCACAAAGCAGAUGAUGACUAUUCUGACACAUAUAAUGCAACAUACACUCUCAUAAACAGUGACGAUUGCAGCCUUUCAUCAGGCACCACCAUGGCACACCCACCUCCUCGGACACACACCUACAGACCUCUGUCCAAGAGUCCUUCAGACAACGGAGGGCAGCUGGGCCCUCGGGAGCCGUCGCCUUCCCCCGUGCCCCCACCACCUCCCCCCAUGCCAUCCCUCCUCCAGCUCAGAGCCAGGGACAGCGAUCGUGAGAGAGAUUCACCAGACAUGAAUGAAUGGGGUCCUCCUGACAGAAAAGUGGACACAAGAAAGUACCGUGCAGAGCCCAAGAGUAUCUUUGAGUACGAGCCUGGGAAAUCCUCUAUUUUGGAGCAUGAAAGACCAACCUAUGAUGACAUAGAUUUAGAGAACGAGCCUUGGUAUAGGUUCUUUUCCGAGCUGGAGUUUGGGCGCCCGCCUCCUAAAAAACGGCUGGAUUAUAAUCCAGACAUCUCUGCUCGCCAUCGCAUUGAGACAUCUCUCCAGAUCGCUCCUGCUGAGAAGGCUUUAGAGAGACCCGCAAGUGCUGCCAGUGACUACAGGAAGAGAAGGAAGUCUGAGCCGUCUAGUUCCCAAACGAAUCCUCCGUCUCAGAGCAGAGCUGCAACUUCCCCUAAACCAGUGGAUGCCUCCAAACCCAGCAGCAGCCUCAAGAGACCUGUCAUUCGUUCCUCACCAUCCUCCCCCUCCAGAGCCAAAGACCAGGAUGUCACCAGGAGUUAUUCCACUUUGGAUGGACGCCACACACCCCAGAGCAGAAGACUCACUCCUGACAGAGAGGUCUCCCAUAAACAGAUGACACAACUUAUUCUGUUCUCUCUCCUCCAUCAGAAACAGCCUGCAAGAGCAAUUUAUGAUUUUAAGGCACAAACGGCCAAGGAGCUGACAUUUAAAAAGGGGGAUGCAGUGAACAUCAUUAGACAAAUAGACAACAACUGGUAUGAAGGAGAACACAGAGGACGUGUGGGGAUAUUCCCCAUAUCCUAUGUAGAGAAGAUACCGUCCACAGAGAAGCAGCAGCCAAUUCGUCCUCCACCUCCAGCACACGUCAGAGAGAUCGGGGAGGCCAUGGCACGCUAUAACUUCAAUGCCGACACAAAUGUGGAGCUUUCUCUAAGAAAGGGUGAGAGAGUUAUUGUGAUCAGGCAGGUGGAUCAGAACUGGUAUGAGGGGAAGAUCCCAGACUCAACCAAACAGGGAAUCUUUCCUGUUGCCUACGUUGACUUCGUCAAACGCUCUCCGUCCAAAAGUUCUGCCCACCACACAGAUCCGCAUGCUUACCAUGGCAACAGGACACCCAGCUCAACACCCGUCAAGCUGUUCUAUCACCUACCUCCAUCUUCCACCACUCGUGACCUCCUUUCCCCUCAACCCCCCUUGAGAAGGCAUGAAGUGCAAGCUGUCACCAGCGAGUGGCUUUCCCUCACGCUAGAGCCACCGGCCUCCAGUCGUCCCCUCACAGACACCCCUGCACCGCCCACACCACCUCCUCUCCCCGCUGACCUUUCUUCUUUCCGAACAGCUCAGGAGUCUAAACCAGCUUCACCCUUGCAACCACAAAAAGGCUUCACUCUUUCACAUCCAGCAUCUUCCAGGGCGCAACCUCUCACAGAGAAUGGUGCUGGUUUAGGCCACACCACAGCUGCCCCGCCUUUCUCCCAACCUACUCCACCACCAACUCCUCCUCCUCUCCCUCCUCCUGCUACGCAUUCCUCACUCUUUUCUUCACUGCCUGGCUCUUCUCUUCGUUAUAACGGUGGUGGGGGCUUGCAUAUCACAGAAGAAGCCCAAAUGUUAGGCCUCAGUAAGCCAGAGGUUUUGUCCUGCACAGGGCCGGUGUUAAGAAAGUCACCAGCACAACUUCCAAAGCAUCACAAGAUCACGUCUUAUGCAAGUGAAAGCAGCAAAAGCCCUGAGAUUGAGCUGCACGUAAAAGACCCGUACGAUGAGCUCUUGUCCAUGAUUCUAGACGGUUCCAGCUGCACAGAUGAGGGUGAUGUUUUUCGAAGACCUUCAGUAGAUUUCCCACACACCGAGCCAGUAAGUGAAUCUCAGAGCAGAUGGUUCGAGAAAAAAGAUGAACAAUCCCAUCAGGAAGCGGUGAAGCUCCCAGCAGCCCCUUCAGAAAGCCAGGCACCGGGAAGAACUCGGUUAGAGGUUCAUAAGCCUGUAACGAUGAUGCCGCUGGGUCAUCUGUGGGAAGAGCAGUUGAUAUCUCUGACAGAGCAACCAGUUGAUACUCAGAGGCCAGUUUCAGUAACAGGAAAAGGAUUCACUGAGUUAUUCAUCGAGGAGGAGGAUGAAGCCGUGAUGUACAGAGAGGAGGACACCAGAGUUUUCAAUGAGAGGCUCAGUCCACAGGUUGAAGUCUCACCUCCCACUCUGCCACAGCUUCCUCCCCCCGGCCCCCCCUCACCCUCCACACCGCCCCCUGUGACCUCCAACCUUCCUCCCCCCUCAUCAUCCAUUUCAUCUUCUUUAACACGGGCGCAGCAGCAUGACCGCGGCAUCCUCCCUCCCUGUCCCCCUGGCUCCCCUUGUCCCCUUCCCCAAUUCACAGCUUCUCCACUCCCUCCUGUCUCCACCUCUUCAUCUGUGUCUUCACCUCCUCUUCACGUUUCUCACCCCUCAGCAGAUGUUCCCCCGCAGCGCUCUGUCUCUCACCCCUCAAGCUCCCCCUGUUCUUCGUGGUCAACCACAUCUUGCCCUGUUUCAGAAUCACGUUCCCCCCCUCCUCCCCCUUCUCCCACUAAAACUGCCUCUCCUCCCCUCUCCGCCCCGCGCUCUGCUCCUCCCGUACCACAUCCAGAACGUAGGUCUCCCAAACUGAAGCAGGAUCCAGUUGUUGGCGGUAAACCUCCCCGUAGCCCCAUCUUGACCCGGAGGUCCUAUCAAUCAUCCCUUAGAGGUCGAAGGCGGUUAGUACAAGAGGCGCUCCAAGGUGGAGGAGAUCCGUUCCAGGCUCUGUACAACUACGCACCUCGCAACGAGGACGAGCUGGAGCUGAGGGAGGGAGACGUUGUUGAUGUGAUGGAGAAAUGCGAUGAUGGCUGGUUUGUUGGGACCUCUAGAAGGAGCAAGCUGUUUGGAACCUUCCCAGGAAACUAUGUGAAGCAGCUAUAAUGAUGAUUCCAGAGUCCCUGUGGCCCCGCCCCUUUCUGCGACACGUCCAUCGCCGUCAGCACAGCACCCGCAGCACAUCAACAGAGACCCGCAGCACACCGGCGCGCGCGUGUGUGUGUAUGUGUGUGUGUGUGUGUGUGUGUGUGUCUGCACAUACGUGUGGCUGGAAAACUUCCAGACAGAACCUUUUAGCUCUAACUAGCCAUCUUUAAUGGAGGACUUCUAUAAGAUAAUGCUGUUUUUUUUUUAAUCUUAUCUUUUUACCUUUAUUUUUCUAUCACGGAGAACCCAAAUCUCGUGCUCCAGUCAGUGACCUUUAACGUUGACGGAGGAAGGAUAUCGAAGGAACACAGUGAUGCUUUCGUUUCUGUUUCAGCUGUUUAACAGCAGUACGAUCACCAAGAUCAUGUCUGUUUUGAUUUCUUCGCAGUCACAAAAUUCA